AUGGGCGAAGUGAAAAGUCUAUUCGCCCAACGUAGCCACGUUGAGGCAAAGGUGAAGAAACUCCUAGAACGAAUUCGAAAAGAAGAUAGUGCCAUCGAACCGAGUUUGUUACGAGUAAAGGCCUAUGAAAGUGAACUCCAGUGCCACUAUCAAGAAUACCAGAGAGUGUAUGGUGAACUUUUGUCAGCACUCCCAAACGACAGAUUCGAUGAGCUAGAUGAGGAGUUCUGGCGAUUCGAAGAUAUCCACACCGAGGCCUGCGUUCUGGUGGAAACUUUGUUGAUUUCCUGCCCGACCACCAGUUACAAAGGUUUCCACAAGCGAAGGUCGUCAUCCAGCUACUUUGCUACGACCACUACACGCUGGCUCAGCCCUCCUACCCGAAGAAGCCAGUCACCGAGCCAAACGACGGAACAACCGGUUCCGAUUCCUGCCGUGGUGGAGAGGCCACGCUCGUCAUUGCCGAAAGAGAAAGAGGUGAGUACGAGUGUUUCCAAUCCAAUCCAGACCGAGAAGCCGCGACGCGGCGAGGAUUCCAAGAAGAAGAUUCCUUUGCGUGGACCAGCCAAGGUCCAACCCGAGAGUGAUUUUGCCGAGGUCACUAUUCCUGAGUCGGCAGCCCCGCCGGCCGAAGAAGCAGUCAAGCGUGUAGAAAACGUGACAACCGUUGCCUUCGAGAAUCCUUCGACGAGCCAGGAGGACUUCCUUGUCGGCUACGAGCCAGCCAAGUUUGUCGACAUUCCAUCCGAAGAUCCCAAGACACCGAUGUCAAGCAAAGCGCCCUCUGGAACCAACCCGGUGGCGAACCCGUUCCCAACUCCAUUCGACCCGAGUAGAGUUCAUCCGAAGCUGUCAACGAUUCCUACCGGAUUCCAUCCGGUGCUGAAGCCGUUCCGACCGCCACCAGGAUUCCAUCCCAAACCCAAGUGGAACCCGAGGCCAGCCAGAGUGCCUCCGUUGUGCCAGUUUUCGACCGGACCCUUUCCGGUACCACAGACGCCCCAGUGCAAGGUCGGUUCCCUACCGGCAUACCAGCAGCAGCAGAGUCCGACCGGUCUCCUUCCGGUACCCCAACAGUUGCAGCCCGUGACCGAAUCCCGUUCGGUACCCCCGUCGCUCCAGUCUAAGGCCGGAUCCCUUCCGGCAUUCCAACCAUUCCAGACUACGACCGGUUCCUAUCCGGUAUCCCAGAAGCUGCAGUUCGUGACCGAAUCCCGUUCGGUAACCCCGCAGUUCGCGUCUACGACCGGUUCCCAUCCGGUACCCCAGCAGUUCCAGCGUGCGACCGAAUCCCAUUCGGCAACCAAUCCGAUCCUAAGAUCUACCGGAGCCAGUCCGGUGGUCGAUUCCGCCCUGAUGCCCGUCGAUACCCGUUCGGCGGCCAAGACGACCAAGAAUUCUACCGGUACUCAUCCGGUGAUUAACUCCGCCAUGAUGUUCGUCGGUUCCAGUCCGACGGUCAAACCAACCAAGAUGCCCAUCGGUGCCCGUCCGAUGGUCAAGUCCAACGAGAUACCUGCCGGUUCCUGUCCGGUGAGCGAGCCCCGCCUGAUGUCCGCUGGUGCCAGUCCAGUGGGCAAGCCUAUCCUGCGUCCAUUGUCUAUCGGUACCAGUCCGGUAGUCAAUUCAACCGUCGAUACCCGUUCGGCGGUCAAGAAGUCCAAGAUGUCCAUCGGUGCCCGUCCGAUGGUCAAGUCCAACGAGAUGCCUGCCGGUUCCUGUCCGGUGAGCGAGCCCCUCCUGUUGUCCGCUGGUGCCAGUCCAGUGGGCAAGCCUAUCCUGCCUCUAUCGUCUAUCGGUACCAGUCCGGUAGUCAAUCCAACCGUCGAUACCCGUUCGACGGUCAAGAAGUCCAAGAUGUCUGCCGGUUCCCGUCCGGUGCUCAAAUCGCACGAGAUGCCUGCCGGUUCCCGACCGGUGGUUAAAGCCAACCUGGUGCCCAUCGGUUCCCGUCCGGUGGUCAAGUCCUCCCAGAUGUCUUCCGGUUCCCGUCCGGUAGACAAUCCACUCCUGAUGUCCGCUGGUGCCAGUCCAGUGGACAAGCUGAUCCUGCGCCCACCGUCUAUCGGUCCCAGCCCGGUAGUCAAGCCAACCGUCGAUACCCGUUCGGCGGCCAAGACGCCCACGAUGUUUGCCGGUCCUCCUCCGGUAGCCACGCCGAUUCCGAUGUCCAUUGGAACCAGUCCGGUGGGCAAUUGCGCUCUGAUGUCCGUCGGUUCCCGUCCGACGCUCAAACCGAAUCCGAUGUCCGCUGGAAGCAGUCCAGUAGACAAUUCCGCUCUCAAGCCCGCCGGUUCGUGUCCGGCAACCAAACCGAAGUUGAUGCCCAUCGGUGUCCGUCCGAUGGUCAAGUCCGUCCAGAUGUCCACCGGUUCCUGUCCGGUGUUCAAGCCACUUCCUAAACACACUGGUACCAGUCCAGUGCGAAAGCGAGUUCUGACGUCCGCCGGUGCCCGUCCGGUGACGAAAUCCAUCAUGAUAGCCAUCGGUACCUGUUCGGUGGUCAAUCUGUCCUGGAAGUCCGUCGGUACCUGCCCGAUGGCCAAGACGUUCCUGAAGCUCGUCGGCACCAGUCCGAUGAUCAAGCCCAAGCCGUUUCCGAAGUCCACUGGAACAAGUCUAGUGGUGAAGCCGACCGUGUUGUUCGCCGGAACUAGUCCGGCAGCCAAGCCCUUCGUAAUGCCAGCCGGUCUCCGUCUGGUAGCCAAGCCGUCUUCGAUGUUUGCUGGAAACCGUCCAGUGAAUAUGCUCUUCCCGAUGCCCGCCGGUACCUGUCCGGUGUCCGAGUCAAGCCUAAUGUCAACCGGCACUCCUACAGUGAACCCUCCGGUGCUCCUUUCUGUGAUGUCAGCCGGCAUCCAACGAAUUGCGAAGCCUAUUCCGAAGAUCGAGAUGUAUCCAACCAAGAAGCUACCUCCAACGACAGCUGGAACCCUUCCGGCAUUCAAGCGAAUCCAGAGCAAGGAAGAACGAGUCCCAAGCCCGAAGAUAGCCGGAACCCAUCCGGUAGUGAGAGAACCUCCCGAAAAGAAGAAGUGGAUCGUGGUGUUCUCGACGGUGAACCAUCCACCACUAGAUCCGCCGCCGGUCAGCCCGACUGGUGAAUGCAAGCAGCUCCAUUCCGACACAAGGCCGAGGAAGCCGCCCGAUGGACCAUCCAAGCGAUCCCGACCCAGCGAACCCAUCUCAGAGCGCGUGUCCCGAACGCGUCCACCGAACGACCCGAAGGACGAGCCAGACGCCACAGUGGAAGCCACAGCCUUCCCGAAGGCUAAGUUCCCCUCCUUCCCAUCGAGCUACCGGUCCUAA